GCAAGAAAGUAGUACGGCGGCAGCCGAUCAGAGCGAAGCUCGAGAAGAUUUGGUGAUGGAAUUUUAUUCCAGAAUACGCCUCGUUUGUUCGGAAGACGGUGUUUGGAUCGGCCCAACAUGUGUACCAAUCACGUGUCCGCCUCCGAAAAUAGUUUACAUUGGUGUGUACAAUUGUACGAAUGGGUUUAAUAUUGGUUCAAGCUGCCAGUUUCUGUGUCCCGGAGCAUCUCAGUACAGAUACUCAGCGUGCAAAAAAGAUGGCUCCUGGUCGCAUCGUUUUCAAUGCUCAUCGCCUCGUACAAGUUGCUUGUCGCCUCCGAACAUGAGAGAUUUUCACUUCAGCUGUCCGGCUAGAUUGACGCCUGAAGACAAACAGUCUACGCCGAAUGGCGAAGAUUUGUUGGUACUGCGUGCUGUGCACAAUAUUUCUUGCACUGUUUCUUCAACACUUUAUCCUCGUCCAAGUGCCCUAAGCUGUGUGCGCUCCUGCAACAAGAUCUUUCGGCAGAUUUUUUUUCCCGAUGUUUCCAAUUAUUUCUAACA